UUGUUCAGCAAAAUCUCACCGCCGUGUAGGUAGGAUUGUGUUCACCAUGUUGGAUCAAGUGCAGCUCCUGUUUACCUUCUGAUCAGCUGGAUCAUGGCAGCGGAGUUCCAGCGGGCCGCAGUGUGAAGGAGCCGCUGCCUGGCUGCCGACUGACAGCGGCGAGCUUCCACAAACAAGCGGAACAGCAGGAGGAGCAGCGGGAGGAGGAGGAGAUGAGGCUACCCGCUCUGUUAGCUAGCUCCGAGCUGUCAGGUUAAGAAGCUGUCGUCUUCACUUUGGCAGCAGGGAUAUUUAUCUAACAUUAAAGCUGAACUUUUCUUCGCAUUUCAAUCUCGUCUCUUUCGGUUCUUAUUCCUUUUUAAUCAGAGCGGAAGUCCCUAAAAACAAGGGUUCCGUCGGCGGAUCUUGUCAUCUGGAAGGAACUGAGGGUUUGGGCUGAAAUGCGGAGAGAAACGGUGGAGAUGACGGAGGUUUGUGUCUGAGCAAACUGCUCCAUGGAUGGAUGGCGGCGGCCUGGGCCUGCCUGCCUGCCUCUGCUCUCCGAUUAUCGCCUUAGCGGGGAUACACCCCCUCUGCACCGGAUCUGUGCCGUUAAUCACGACUCGGAGAUUACCUCUGGUUACGGAAUAGCUGGCUGGCCUGCGCGCAGAUAGAGAGGACUCCGUUUGGUUCAGCAGAAGCGCUUUCCUGGCUGUUUGGAGCCGCUCUAUGGGAGGGUUUGCGGCGCUGGGAAGAACUUUUUCAGCUGAACGCUCAUGUGACAGGAUUUAGAUCCGCGUGUGGAGCUUUCAGUGCGGGUAGGCUGUGCGAUGGGGGCAUCAGAGGCCACUAACUUCCUUUAUUCUGGGGGGUUCGGCCUUAUUUCUACUCUGAUUUAACUUUAACUGCAGAAAACCGAUGGUUUGCAAGCGAGAAUUUAGUUUUAGAUGAAGGUAAAGCAGAUGUUGCAUUAUGAUAAACAGUCCUGCCAACUGUUUUCAUGACUUUUUCUAUGAAGUUUUAAAGUUUGAAAGUCAUUUAAAGCUGUUUGAAGGUUCUGAUAAGUUCUUCUAACUGUGAGGCUGCAGCCUGGUAGCCUUCAUCUCCAUCCUCUGGUCCUUUGAAUGACUGAAUGGCUCUUUGCAGCACAACUGCCACCAGUGCGAAAAUGAUGGCUGCUUACAACGGAGGCUCUUCAGCAGUAGGGGCCCAUCACCACCACCAGCUGCAGCACCUCCCGCCUCCUCACAUGCAUCACCACCACCAUCACCACCAUGCAGGGCAGCAUCACUUGCAGCACCCUGGCUCCGCUGCAGCUGUGCGCACCGUGCAGCAGCACACAUCCACUGCUGCAGCUGCAGCAGUGAUGCUCAAUCCGGGCCAGCAGCAGCCCUACUUUCCUUCUCCUGCUCCUGGACAAGCUCCAGGACCUGCUUCAGCCGCAGCUCCAGCCCAGGUUCAAGCUGCUGCCGCUGCUGUCAAAUCUCACCACCACCAUCAUCACCAUCAGCAACAGCAGCAAAACACACACCACCUUCAGCCGCAACUGGACAUGGAGCCUGAUAGGCCCAUCGGCUAUGGUGCUUUUGGGGUAGUCUGGUCAGUGACUGAUCCCAGAGAUGGAAAGCGGGUGGCCCUGAAAAAGAUGCCUAAUGUCUUCCAGAAUCUUGUUUCUUGCAAGAGGGUUUUUCGGGAGCUGAAGAUGUUGUGCUUCUUCAAGCAUGAAAAUGUACUCUCUGCUCUGGACAUUCUACAGCCUCCACACAUCGACUACUUUGAAGAAAUCUAUGUUGUGACUGAACUUAUGCAAAGUGACCUCCAUAAGAUCAUUGUUUCACCGCAGCCUCUGAGCUCAGACCAUGCCAAAGUUUUUCUCUAUCAAAUUCUUCGAGGACUUAAAUACCUGCACUCUGCUGGAAUUCUGCACCGGGAUAUCAAACCUGGCAACCUCCUGGUCAACAGCAACUGUGUGCUCAAGAUCUGUGAUUUUGGGCUGGCCCGUGUGGAGGAGUCGGAUGAGUCCCGACACAUGACUCAGGAAGUGGUGACACAGUACUACAGAGCACCAGAGAUCCUUAUGGGCAGCCGCCAUUACACCUACUCCAUCGAUAUUUGGUCUGUGGGCUGCAUCUUCGCAGAGCUGCUGGGUCGGCGUAUCCUCUUCCAAGCUCAAAGUCCCAUUCAGCAGCUGGAUUUAAUCACUGACCUACUGGGGACGCCUUCUAUGGAGGCAAUGCGGACGGCAUGUGAAGGAGCUCGCGCUCACAUUCUCAGAGGAACUCAGAAACAGCCAUCCCUUCCUGUUCUCUACACACUUUCCAGCCAGGCAACCCAUGAAGCAGUUCAUCUCUUAUGCAGGAUGCUGGUGUUUGAUCCAUCGAAGAGGAUUUCUGCCAAGGAUGCCCUGGCCCACCCUUACCUACACGAGGGUCGACUCCGCUACCAUACAUGCAUGUGCAAAUGCUGCUACACCACGUCCUCUGGCCGCGUCUAUACCAGUGACUUUGAACCGGUCACAAACUCCAAGUUUGAUGAUGGCUUUGAGAAAAACCUGACGUCUGUGAGACAAGUCAAAGAGAUCAUCCAUCAGUUUAUUUUGGAACAACAAAAGGGGAGUCAAGUUCCCCUCUGCAUCAACCCUCAGUCAGCUGCUUUCAAAAGCUUCAUAAGCUCCACCGUGGCUCAGCCCUCUGAAAUGCCUCCGUCUCCUCUUGUGUGGGAAUAGCUGCUGCUGUGCGCCAUCAUUUCCCAGCUGACCAGGUGGAACCGGAAAUCAGCUGAUCAUCAUCAUCUUCUUCUACGUAGCAUUUCACUGGAGAGCAGGACUCGCAGCUCAGCUCUGCUCCAGUGGUCACAUGGAGAAGUUGACCAACUUUUUUUGGAGUUUAAAGGUUUGAUGUACAAACGAUGGGACAGCAGUGAGAUAGAAGAGAAGUAAAAGGUCUACUAAUGUGUUAGCUACUGAUCAGACUUUAAAUUAUUUAGAACUAUGGGUUAUAAUCAUAGAUUUCUGCCUGUUGUGAAUUGCUUUGUUGACUUUAACAGUUUGGCGUUUUCCUGUUCUGACGUGGGUCCUUCAGGACCCAUCUGCUUCAUAAGAAGACAAUCGGCUCUGACUGUGUCUGAAGAACCAAUAGAUUCCCAGAACCUGUUGUUGAAGGGUUUUAAAAUUUGUUUUGGUUUGUUUUUUUUCCUCACCUAACUUUAUUUAAUUUACCAAAGAUUAUGAGCCUGGGGUCAGAAGGACCAAAGGAGGUAGCCGACGGGCCCUGUGUUCGGCAGGCCUUCCCGUUGUUCAGCAGGGGUCAGGCUUUAUGUUAAGGUCUGAUAUUCCAAAUGGUUUUAAUUGAAGGUGUCUUAAAAGAUCCAACCUUCCCUGUUACUGUUUUGUUCUCCUCUUCAGAAAUUCAUAGGUUCUGAUUAUGUUGGAGCAAGAACUGCUCUGUUGGUUUACUAGGAGUCUUAGUGUGUUUCUUUUUUUCUGAUCUUAUUUUUGAGCAUUUCUUCCUGAAUCACUGUUCUCCAGAGGUGCAAAUGUUGCUGGGCUUGUGGACCAGUACUGGACCUGGUUCUGGAGCCUUGUUUUGUUUUGUGUAGAGCAACUUUCCACAGACCCUGGAUCAGAUUGUUGGUCUGAUUGAAUCUUAGUUGGACCACUGUAAUCAGCUGUGCAGCAGCUUUUAGCUUGUUUGAGGGUUCUGGUGCUUUUGGGUUCAGAUCUUGUUAUGAAGUGUCUGAUGCUCUCAGUCUGGACCCAGACCAUAAGCUACAGUAGCCACACUUUUAAUUGAGCCUCUGUCACCUGGACAACCUUGUUGGGUCAGAACCACUGCAUUACAAGCUCUUUAUUCAAAGCAUUUUGGUUUUGGUGGCAAACGGCUUGAACUAACAAUCCACCGGUUUUUUGAAGAGUGCCCCCUAGCUGAGGGCCCAGAAGGGACAGUUAUGCUCUGGGUCAACAUGUUUUAUCAGAAUCUUCAUGUUAUUACAUGAUUCUGCAGAUUGAAGCUUUUUUCUUUUACUCUGGAAACAGUUCAGUCUGUCAUCACUCCUCUUAAAGUUUCCCCCUGGAGUGUCAAACUGCACUAAUGAGCCCUAAAUACAUUAGAUAGAGUUAAAGGUGGAUUCUUUCUGAAUUAAAGCAGUAUUUAUCCUUAAAGGUCCCCAAAUAGUGGAGAACAAAGUUAGACUUUUCCCUAAGAACCAACGAGGAUGGUGCUCAGCUGAAAACUCAGCUGAUUUCCGGCCUCUGAUUGGUUCCUGUUCCUGGCAGGGGACUUUCUGCUUUAGAAGAAAUAUAGCUCCUUACAUGCCAGCUGUGUUCCUGUCUCUUCUGAAGCACGGUCCGGUUAGAGACAACCUCCAUUUAGUUUCAUGGUUCCUGACCUUGUGGUGCUGGUGUGGGUUUUGUGGACCCACAUCAGAACCAAGUUCCUCUGGUUUUCAAAAAGUGAGUUUUUUUUCUCAGACUUCAGUGGUUUUCCAUGUUCUGGUGACCUUUGAGCAAUUCUUUCUCUAGAUGUUGGUGAUUUGAUCUUUAUGGCUUCCAUGGUUGGACUUUUAGGCUUCCUAUGCAGCCUCGGAUGAUGAAAAUCCAUAAUUCUGAUAUUUCAAAGGUUUUAUUUUUAAUUUUGGU